UCGCGGGUUUUUGGUAUUGUCACUGAGGAAGACCUGGAACUCACCGAUCCUCUCUUUCCGUUUGGUUCUCUAGAAACCCAAAAGAAAAUUCACUAUAUUUUCUUGUUGUCCCACUUCAUUUUCUCAGUAACCAAAUAGAACAUUUGAUUGCAGACUCGCUUUGUAAAAAUGCAGUCUUUAAGUGCGAGCAUCCGAUUGGUCCAAAGGCAAAGAAUCGACAGCUCAAAAAUUGCUCAUUUCAGAUCAGUUGGAGCUUACCCAUUAAGCAGUGGUUCUGGGUUCAGCUCGUUGGCUUCGGAUGGCUCGGCCUCUGCCAAGAUAUUUGAGAGUUCAUUGGGGUUUGGGUCUUCCAAAGGUUCCUUAUUUCAGUCUCUCUCCAAGUUCCCUUAUCGAUCUUCGGCCUCAUUCACUACAAGGGGCUUUCAAACUGAGACAUCAACGUCCUCGAGUAAGUCCAUGUUAUUCAAGAGUCCUCGACCAGGCUUACUUCCACGGGAGACAGUUUCACCUCCUUUCCCCAGCAGGUGCGUUACAACAGGGGUAAAUCCUGUUGAAUCGGCUACUCAAGAUUCAACGAUGCCUGGAUCUGACGUAGCUCCCCGCAUCAAAUUCAAGAGGCUUGAUAAAACUGCCAAGCACAUAAUGCAGAUUCUAGACAAGGAAGCUCUAGAGGAAGUGAAGGUGCAGAGAGAAAUACCGGAAAUAAAGCCUGGUUAUAUUGUGCAACUCAGAGUGGAAGUACCCGACAAUAAGCGACGUGUUUCAAUCUUGAAAGGCACUGUGAUAGCAAGACGCAAUGCUGGUCUGAACACUACAAUUAGAAUCAGGAGGCUCGUGUCUGGGGUUGGGGUUGAAUCUCUCCUUCCACUGUAUUCCCCUAACAUAAAGGAGAUAAAGGUGCUGGACAAGAAGAGAGUGCGGAGGGCCAAGCUGUACUAUAUCAGGGACAAAAUGAAUGCACUUAAGAAGUAAUAGUAGUAAUAUAUAUGGCUGGCUAGUGAGAUAAAAAAAAAAUGGUUCCCUGACAAAGAUGGAGUCCAUGUAUGACUGAGUUCAGAAAUCCAGCAAAAUUUUGGUGAUUUCUUUUCCUGAAUGUUUGCUUUCUUUGAUCAUGUUAUUAGUUUGUGAGUCUUCAGCAAGUCUUUGAGAAUCUGAGAUGCCUGGUAGAUGUUAGGGUUCAACUGAAUACCGGGAAAUUUACCGGAAUUGCUACUUUACGAUGUUAAAAUUAUGCACUCAGGUUGAAGAAUGCUAUCAAGUGGCAUAAAUGUGAUUGUUACUCAAGUAUACUAUUUUCUUCAACACCCUCGCACAUGUUUGGAUUA